AUGUAUUUUAAAAAAAUUUUACUCCCGAUAACUCUGCCAAUUUUGGCAAUUUUCACGGUUUAUUUACCCAAAAAAGUAUUCAGCCAACAUUACAUUAUCGAACAUGAGUUUGACCGGAACGUGAAUGUUCCUUAUGUUAAAUUGGUAAAAAUUAAUUUAGAUGAAGAAAGUGAAGGAAAUUCAAGAGGAAGAAUAGUUGGGAUAAAAAAAUUGAAAAUCGAAGUUGAAAUCCCAGAGAAUAUAGAGUUAGGGAAAGUCCAUAUGGAAGCAAGAAAUAGAUAUUUUAAUCCUGGUUCUUUUCGUUACCAUAGCACAAUUUAUAAUCCAGAAGGAAAAAUAACACUCAAAGAAAAUUUUAUGAAUGAAUUUAAAGAAGGAAUAUUUAUUAAAGAUAAUCAUAGAGUAAGUUUGGAACGAUUUAGUUAACAUUUUAGUAAAGUUUACAGUGUAA